UUUUUUUAUCUGUGCUUACCACUGCCCGUCAUCCAUCUUUCAUUCAAUGCGUUUCCGACCAAAUUUUAGACUAAAAGUGUGUUUAUUUUAGUAAUUUUAAUUUUCUAUCUUGUAAAUAAGUGUCAUAAAGAUUCAUUAACAAUUUAUUGCAUACUUAAACGAUGUCUUCUGGCAGGCCAAUCAAGUGUGUAGUAGUAGGAGACGGUACCGUCGGAAAAACGUGUAUGUUAAUAUCUUAUACCACGGACAGUUUUCCUGGCGAAUAUGUACCCACGGUAUUUGAUAAUUAUUCAGCACCCAUGGUAGUUGAUGGAGUAGCAGUAUCUUUAGGGUUAUGGGAUACUGCAGGACAAGAGGACUAUGAUAGACUAAGACCACUCAGUUACCCUCAAACAGACGUCUUCCUUAUAUGCUUCAGUGUUACAAGUCCUUCUUCAUAUGAAAAUGUUACUUCCAAGUGGUAUCCUGAAAUAAAACAUCACUGCCCUGAUGCACCUAUUAUAUUGGUUGGUACAAAGAUUGACUUGAGAGAUGACAGGGAGACCCUGAGUUUGCUAUCUGAGCAAGGUAUGUCUCCACUCAAGAGAGAACAAGGACAGAAAUUGGCCAAUAAAAUUAGAGCUGUUAAAUACAUGGAAUGCUCUGCCUUAACACAACGGGGUCUGAAACAGGUUUUUGAUGAAGCAGUUCGUGCAGUAUUAAGACCGGAGCCUCAAAAGAGACAUCAAAGGAAGUGUCUAAUCAUGUAAAUAUGACUAAACUACAUGACAAUCAACAAUAAUGACAAACAUUCAGGAAUCUCUAACCAACAGUAAUAAUAUGUUUCUACACCAGAUCUGUACUAUUAGCUUUUUACUUUUAUUCAGUUUUGGGUAAUAGAAGAGAAGAAGAAAAUUGUGUUAUGAUGGAAUAUGAAAAAUGCAUACAAACCAACAGGUAAUUAUUGUUAUUACUAUUUUUGGCUUAAUACUAAUAGUACACAUUUUUAAUUAUAAAACAAGUAUUUCGGUGUCGACUUCCGAAUCUCAUACCGCCAUGCCAAUAAUUAUAUUUUGUUCUAUAGAGCAGAAGAAAAAAAAACAUCAAUAUCUAAUUAUCGCUUUCUGCUCUAUAUUUUAAACAAAAGAUUGUGAUUAUUUUUAUAAUAAGUGCCAUAAUUUGCAUUCGUAUAUCUGUAUUUGAAUAACAUCACAUAAAAAUAUGUUUAUGUAUAUUUUCUGUUACUUUAAGCAAACAGACAUGCCAAAGAUUUAUGAGUAGUUUUUAAGGCCCAAUAGUUUUGUGUUGUAGAAAUUCAUCAGUGGUUAGAAACAAAUUGUUACUGUUACUUUGACUAUGUUAUUUUUAUAUUUGCAAAGAACCUCAAUAUUCUCGAAGUUUGGGAUAUUAUAGUCUUUACGCGACUUGAAUAAGGACUGAUUUAUAGAAGCUAGCUCUAAUAACGUACUCAAAUUAAUCUCUUAGUUAGCAAGACAUGGAUAAGCAGUUACUUUAGUGAAUGGUUGGUUUACUUGUUAUUUUUUCAUGGAAGCAUUUACUUACGUACUGAUCAUAAUUAUUAAAACUUUAAUCUUUAUGGGAAUUGAAACCAUUUACUAUCUCAAAAAUAUUUAUAGACGUUUCCAAGUUAUCUAUAAUCAAAUGAAGGAACCACAUGAUUUACUGGCAGCUGUAAAGCCUGUAUUUGCUUUUAUGGCGGUGACAUUCUUUUUGUAUUAGCAUUCGUUUGGGAUUUAGCAUUUAUUCUAUAUAGUUUUGAUCGCAAUAUUAUUAUUGAAAUUAAUAUUUUUUUCUUGUAUUAUUAUGUAGAAAAGUGAUGAGAUAAUGUGUGUUUUAUAGUGAUUCAUUAGGGCAAAAUAUUUUUGUAUGUGAAAAUAGAUUUAAGAAUAACAAAGCAUUUAAGAGUAUUUGCAUUGCACCAUCACUUAUUAUUUUGUAAUUAUUUUUAAAUGUAGACUGCUUUGAUUUACAGGUAAAAGCUUUGAAUUUAUUGUGUAUAUAACUAAUACAUAUUCAAUUAUUUAUAUAAGGACAAAUGCGCAAUUUAUGAAUAAAACUUGUGUAAACUGCA